CACUCUGCCAACGGUCUAAACUCGAAAUGAGAGGGAACAUUUUCCCGCCAUUUCCCCAUCUCCGCCUCUAAAUCUCACUCUUUUACCCUCCUUUUCAACCGCCUCCGCCACACGCUACCCAAAAACCUCCGAUCACACUCUCUAAUGGCAGACACUCCAAAGAAAUCCCUCCAAUCUCCUUCAAAGAAACCCAAACAAAUCCCCCAUUCUUCAAUCUCCAUCACUCCUCAAACCCCACUAACUCAUGACCCAACUCGCCGAUCUUCCCGCCGAUUGUCGCUCAAACAAGACCAAAUCGCCACCCCACAGAAACCCAGUUCCCAAAUUGAAAAACCCACUAAGAAAGUAUCUAAAUUUAAAGAAACCCCUAAAAAAUUAGUUAAAGAUUUAUCCAAAUCUCAAAGAAAGCCAAGAAAAAUUCAAAAAGAAUUCGAUGAAGAGGUGGCAUUCUCUCCUGCAUCACCGGAUCAAUCAGAUACCAUUAAGAAGAGGAAGAGAAGUAAUGUGGUAGAUAAGGAGACGAAAUUGACCAUAAAAGGGCAAUUGAAGAGCAAAAAUAAUUGUAAAAAGAGGGUUUAUUAUAAGAAAGUGGUGUAUGAUGGCGGGGAAUUUGAGGUCGGAGACGACGUGUAUGUGAAGAGGAGAGAUGAUGCUAGUUCUGAUGAGGAGGAGCCGGAAGUGGAGGAGUGUAGAGUGUGUUUUAAAGCAGGGAAAGCUGCUAUGCUCGAGUGUGAUUGCUGCUUAGGUGGCUUUCAUUUAAAGUGUUUGAAACCGCCUUUGAGAGAAGUACCGGAAGGGGAUUGGAUAUGCGGGUUUUGUGAGGAUAGGAAGUUGGGUAAAGAGGUUAAGAUGCCUAGUCCGCCGCAGGGGAAGAAGCUUGCUCGAACACUUAGGGAGAAGCUUCUCUCUAGUGACUUAUGGGCUGCCCAUAUUGAGAGCUUGUGGAAGGAGGUGGAUGGUAGCUAUUGGUUUAAAGGGCGAUGGUACAUUAUUCCAGAAGAGACUGCUGCUGGACGACAGCCUCAUAAUUUAAGGAGAGAGCUUUAUAAGACAAAUGAUUUUGCUGACAUUGAGAUGGAGUCUAUCAUCCGUCAUUGCUUCGUCAAGAGCCCCAAGGAAUUUGCUAAGGCAAAUACAGAAGGAGACGAUGUUUUCUUAUGUGAAUAUGAGUAUGACAUCAUUUGGCAUAGUUUCAAGCGUCUAGCUGAUAUUGAUAAUGAUGAAGAGGAUGGGGAAGCAGCUGACAGUGAUGAAGACUGGAAGUCUUCCAAGGAUGCAGAAUCUGAUACGGAUGAAGACAUUGAGUAUGAAGAAGAAAAUGGGAAGAACUUUCAAGUCAGAGCAUCGUUGGCUGCUAACUCUCGGAAGGGCAAGUUCCACGGACUUCAGAAGAUUGGGACAAAGAGAAUUCCAGAACAUGUCCGUUGUCACAAAAAGACUGAAUUGGAGAAAGCAAAAGCAACACUUUUGUUGGCAACAUUGCCCAAGUCUCUACCCUGCAGGAAUAAAGAAAUGGAAGAGAUAACAGAAUUCAUUAAAGGUGCCAUCUGUGAUGAUCAAUGUCUUGGUCGUUGCCUUUACAUUCAUGGUGUUCCCGGAACUGGCAAGACAAUGAGUCUACUUGCAGUAAUGAGGAACCUAAGAUCUGAAGCUGAUGCAGGAAAUAUACAACCGUACACUUUUGUGGAGGUUAAUGGUCUAAAGUUAGCUUCACCGGAGAACAUAUAUAGGGUUAUAUAUGAAGCAUUAAGUGGACACAGGGUUGGUUGGAAAAAGGCUCUCAAUUUGCUGAAUGAAAGAUUUUCGGAAGGAAAGAAAGUAGGCAAAGGAGAUAACCGGCCUUGUAUUCUACUCAUUGAUGAACUUGAUCUGCUUGUGACUCGAAAUCAAUCGAUUCUGUACAAUGUUCUCGACUGGCCUACUAAGCCUCAUUCGAAACUGAUUGUUAUAGGAAUUGCAAAUACAAUGGAUCUUCCAGAAAAGUUACUUCCUCGUAUUUCAAGCCGUAUGGGAAUGCAGAGGCUUUGCUUUGGACCCUAUAAUUUUCAGCAACUUCAAGAAAUAAUUUCAAGUCGUCUAAAAGGAAUUGAUGCAUUUGAAAAGCAAGCCAUAGAAUUUGCUUCAAGAAAGGUAGCAGCAAUUUCAGGAGAUGCACGCCGUGCUUUGGAGAUAUGCAGGCGUGCAGCAGAAAUUACUGACUAUCGUCUUAAGAAAUUAACUUCGGGAACUGAUUCCACCCCAGCAGGUAAAUGCCUUGUUGGUAUGUCAGAUAUUGAGGCAGCUAUUCAGGAAAUGUUUCAAGCGCCUCAUAUUCAAAUAAUGAAGAAUUGUUCUAAACUCAGCAAAAUAUUUCUCACGGCUAUGGUAUAUGAGCUCUAUAAAACAGGGAUGGGGGAGACAACCUUUGAAAAGUUGGCAACGACGGUUUCAUGUCUCUGCACAAGCAAUGGAGAAGCAUUUCCUGGUUGGGACACUCUCUUAAAAGUUGGAUGCAUGCUAGGUGAAAGCAGAAUCAUUCUAUGCGAACCAGGAGGCAGGCAUAGGUUGCAGAAAUUGCAGCUCAAUUUCCCAAGUGAUGAUGUGGCUUUUGCGCUGAAAGGCAGCAAGGAUAUACCUUGGUUGGCCAAGUUUUUAUGAUCUGAGAAGAAUACAGAAAACAGAAAACUGCAUUUUGUUGUCUCAAUUCAUCUGAACAAUUUUGACUCAUUCUUUUCCAUCAGUACAUUUUCAAUUCAUAUGUUGUUGUAAAGGCUUAAGGUCUGAAAAACUACCGACCUUUCAAAUUUUUUUCAAUUGCACCCUCACCUUGUAAUUUCUUCAAUAGCACCCUAUUUCGUAUUUUUGGCUUUCAAUAGCACCCCGACCUUGUAAAACAGUCAAUUUUACCCUAUUUUUUAUUUUUGACUUUCAAUAGCACCAUAAAUCAUCAAAUUAAACUCAUUUAUCGAGAACUUAUUUGAUUUUUUUUUAAGUUAAAGGACUUGUUUAAAAGUGUCCAAGUAGAAAAAAAUAUGAUUUCACCUUUAAAUUUAAUUUUUUUAAAAAAUUUCAUCCUUAUAGUAAUCAAAUCAUCUAAUUUUUUUAAUUUAGAGUGUUAUUGAAAGCCAGAAAUACAAAAUAGGGUGCUAUUGAAAAAAUUACAAGGUGAGGGUGCUAUUGAAAAAAACUUGAAAGGUCGGUAGUUUUUCAGACCUUAAGCCUGUUGUAAAACUGUAAUUUGGUUUGACAUUCUCCGGCAAGAAACUGUAUUCUAUUUCGAGUAUGCGAAUAAAAAGCAAUGAACAAACCAUCUAUUUAUUGAAAA